AAACAGAAGACAACUUCUCCACCAUACUUCUAACAUCCCAAGUCCUGUAGGGACUCUUCUUCAAGUUGGAAAUUUCCUGUCCGUACCAAAUGAGAGGCCAGUUUCAACUUUUGUCUUGGAUUUGGACUUCCAGAGUGGGAUAUGGAGCCUAUUUCAAACAAAACAGAAAAUUUGCUACUUGGACUUUCAAGUCUUCUGACCACAGGACCCUAGGCUAUACAAGUCCCCAGCACUUCAAUUUUGUGAAGGAUGUGCUAGACAAGUGGUCCCAACUAGAAAAGGAUGGACUCAGAGAGCCUUCCCCUGCACUCUGGAAAUUCGAUAUCAGAGAAGAAGAGGAUAAAUGGAGUUUUGAGAGAAUGACUCGUUUCUCCCAGAAGACAGCUAGCAUCCUCUCGGAUAUCUGUGCCCUCAGCUCUGGGGACAGAUUGAUGCUAAUCCUUCCCCCCACACCAGAAACCUACUGGAUUGGACUCGCCUGUAUGCGGUUGGGAAUCACCUUCAUACCCUGUAGUCUCCAGCUGACAGCAGAGGACCUUCGCUCUCGAUUGCUCAUGUCUAAGGCCCAGUGCAUUGUGGUUAACGAGGCCGUGGCUCCACUUGUGGAUUCUGUCAUGUCUGGCUGCCCUUCGUUAAAGACCAAGAUCCUUGUAUCGGAUAAGAGCUAUUACGGGUGGCUGGAUUUCAAGGAGUUGAUUCGAGAUGCACCUCUGAAGAAGACCUGUGUGGGGACCAAGAGCCAAGAUCCAAUGGCCAUCUUCUUCACCAAAAGGACAAAAGGAGCUCCCCAGAUGGUUACACAUUCCCAGUAUGGUUUAGGAAUGAGAUUUAGUCAGGCGUCGAGACAGUGGAUGGACCUCCAGUCGACAGAUGUCUUGUGGUGUCUGAGUGAUGCCUUUGAUGGAACUUUGUCGCUGAGUAAUACCUUGGGAGCUUGGCUCCAAGGAGCGUGUGUGUUUCUGUGUCACAUGCCAACCUUCAGUCCUGAGACUGUUCUAAAGGUCUUGCAAAGGUUUCCCAUCACCACUCUAUCUGGAAAUCCAGGAAUGUACCAGGACUUGCUUCAGCACAAAAGUUUUUCAAGCUACAGAUUCAAGAGUCUGAAGCAUUGUGUAACUACAGGCCCCAUCAACCCGGGGGUGAUAAAAGACUGGAAACACAUCACCAACUUGGACAUCCACGAAGGCUAUGGGAAGACUGAAACUGGACUUCUCUGUGCCACUUCUAAGAGAAUGAAAUUGAAGCCCAGUUCUUUGGGAAAACCAUUGCCACCAUAUAUUGUCCAGAUUGUGGAUGAAAACUCAAAUAUCCUGCCUCCAGGAGAAGAAGGAAAUAUUGCGAUUCUCAUAAAACCGAACCAGCCUAACCAUCUAUACUGUCCACAUAUGGUAAGCGUGGAGGAAUACACUUCAGCAAGAGGACACAAGUUUUACCUCACCGGGGACAGAGGAGUCAUGGAUGAAGAGGGCUACUUCUGGUGGACUGGGAGCGCCAAUGAGAACAUGUAA